CCUUUAUAUUACGAAGAGGGAUGAGAUUGGUUAAACAGAAGUGGCAAAGCUAAUGUUGCGAACUAUUGCUCACUGUGUACUCAGGUUUUCAGUACUGAUGUGUGGGAGCAGGAAGCUGUGGCUGUGUUGCGAAGUACACGCGUGAGCAGCGUUUGCUUGUGCUGCGGGUAAUAUGGAGGCUUGGCAAUGACUUGCUGCUGGCUCCCCACAUCACCGUGCACCUGAUAAUAGCAGUUCUCUCUUGAUUGAGCGGCUUUCCCAUUACCAUACGUCCUGAACGUUUUGAGGAUUAUGGCACAGGCUCAAGGUUUUGGGAGAAGAUACGUGAAAGCCUUCUUUAAAGGUUUCUUUGUUGCUGUUCCUGUAACUGUGACCUUUCUAGAUAGAGUUGCCUGUGUAGCCAGAGUGGAAGGAGCAUCAAUGCAGCCUUCCUUGAAUCCUGGGGGAAGACAAGCAUCUGAUGUAGUGCUCUUGAACCAUUGGAGCAUUCGAAAUUAUGAUGUGCAACGUGGGGACAUCGUGUCAUUGGUGUCUCCUAGAAACCCUGAACAGAAGAUCAUUAAACGAGUGAUUGCUCUUGAAGGAGACAUUAUCAAAACCAUUGGAUACAAAAAGAAGUACGUGAAAGUUCCACAUGGGCAUAUUUGGGUGGAAGGUGAUCACCAUGGCCACAGCUUUGAUAGCAAUGCAUUUGGCCCGUUUUCAUGGAAAUAAAUAGGAGCCAUUACUGUUGGAACCACCUAUGUAUAUGCAGCCCAAGACAAUUCCUCUUCACUCAGUGCAGCCCAGGCAAGCCUAAAAGUUGGACACCCAUGCCUCAUGGAUUGGAAGCCUGCAUGUUUCUUGAAUAGCCACCUGCUACGUGUCCUUGGAAAUAAUCCAGCAAAAGGAUUUCAAAAUGGGAAUGCUAUGUAACCAUUGCAGUGAUGUCUUUUUUUCACAGAAAGACUGAAAUAAUGACAUGAAGAAGUGUGAAAUACUAUUCCUCUUUUCAUAGGCAUCAUUUUAGUAGCCUAAUGAUCACACAGAUUAAGUGUCAACACUAUAUGUUGUUAUCUCAGUAGCCGAAAUUUCCAAAAUAUAUGUACCCCAAGUCCCAAAGAUCGUCCCAUAUCCCAAAAUGCACUUUGCUCAGCUCCAAAGCUAUUCACUUCUCUUCCAUUUCUAUUCAGUACCCUGCUGUGUCUUUGAUAUGAAAACCUGAGCACCCUGGAAACUGAACUAGUGUCAAAUUAAUUU